GUCAUCGCUGGCUGUGAGAGUGUAUAUUUGGGGAAGAGGAGAGAAGCUAGAAUUUUGGCUGGGAACAAGAAUCUCACUGAGCUACUCAGCUGCUUCUAACCACUUUCUGGUGUAAUAUCAGCAUUUAUUUAACCUCUGCAUUCCUUCGUGACGUGGAACCAUGACCGCCUCCAAGCCCAUCCUCUGUUUAUUUAUUACGUCACUUUCAUGUUUGAUUGACCUAUGUUGGCAGCAGCGCCAGGCUGGAGCACCGCAAAUCCAGUUACGUUUGGCCGGGACAAGAGUUCCCAAUGAAGGACGUCUAGAAGUUCUCUACAAUGGUCAAUGGGGCACAGCCUGUGAUGAUGACUUCAACAUUGAAGUAGCUCAUGUGGCCUGCAAGCAAAUGGGGUAUGAGCUGGCUAUGAAUUGGGCCCACAGUGCCAAGUAUGGACAAGGAGCAGGUCCCAUCUGGCUGGAUAAUAUCCGCUGUUCAGGAGCAGAGAGUUCCCUGGCAGAAUGUGAAUCUAACGGCUGGGGUGUCACUGACUGCAAACACUCGGAAGAUGUUGGCAUACUUUGUUCAACAAGCAGACUGCGUGCCUCUGAGCAGCCACUGACACUUACUGCCCAGCACACGAAGAAGAUUGAGGAAAUUCGAAUUAAGCCAAUUUUAGCACGUGCCAAAGCAAGCAUGCCUAUCACUGAAGGUAUAAUUGAAGUGAAGCAUCAUGGGAGGUGGAGGCAGGUGUGUGACCAAGGCUGGACACUCAACAACAGUCGAGUUGUGUGUGGAAUGUUGGGUUUUCCAGGUGAAGUUCAACCUAACAUCAAAUUUUACAGGAAACUUUGGAAUCUGAAGAUGAAACAACCUAAAUCUAGGGUGAAAAUGCUAAGUCAGAAGAAAAUGUACUGGAUUCAUAAAGUAACUUGCUCAGGAAAAGAGCCGCAUCUUGCUUACUGUAAUGUGACGGUGUCUCCAAAAACGUUAAAGCCUGUUUGUAAGAAUGGGAUGCAUGCUGUAGUAAAAUGUCUCACUGCAACCCAAUCGACUAAAACAAAUGGAAAGAAUUCCAAGAAAGUCCCAAAGAUGACGGAGCCUGUGGUGAGACUAAGGGCUGGACCUCAUGCUGGAGAGGGAAGGGUGGAAGUGUUAAGAAAUGGAAAAUGGGGGACUAUCUGUGAUGAUAAAUGGAACCUCAUAUCGGCCAGUGUUCUAUGCCGAGAACUUGGAUACGGAUCUGCUAAAGAAGCUAUAUUUGGAGCCCAAUUGGGACAAGGUCUUGGCCCAAUACAUAUGAACGAGGUGCUCUGCAAUGGAUGGGAAAAAUCUAUCACAAACUGCAAGUUCAAAGAGGCGAGUGUAGCAGGAUGUCAACAUGAGGAAGAUGCAGCGGUAAAAUGUAACAUACCGCAAAUGGGAUAUAAGAACCAGAUACGCUUGACUGGAGGAAGGUCACUUGAAGAGGGCACUGUGGAGGUGCUGGUAGACGUUAAGGGUGUUAAGAAGUGGGGGGCUAUAUGUGGAGAGCUCUGGGGGAUGAAUGAAGCCAUGGUCGUGUGCAGGCAGCUGGGAUUAGGUUUUGCCAACCAUGCCCUACAGGAGACAUGGUAUUGGCAAGGGACCCCGGGUGCAUUAGACGUGGUGAUGAGCGGUGUCCAUUGCAUAGGAACGGAGAUGUCAAUACUACAAUGCCGGCAUCAUAGUGUUGUGCAUUGCCCUCGUGGUGGAGGCAGACAUUCUGCUGGAGUUACAUGCACAGAACAUGCACCAGACAUCAUUUUAAAUGCCGAUUUGGCUCAGGAGUCUGCUUAUUUAGAAGAUCGGCCACUCAGUAUGCUUGAGUGCGCCCACGAGGAGGAAUGCCUAUCCAAGUCAGCAGAUGAUAUGUCCUGGCCCUAUGGUCACCGAAGACUACUGCGUUUCACAUCAAGAAUUCAUAAUAUUGGGAGAGCAGACUUUGUCCCAAGGAAUGGAAGGCACACAUGGGUCUGGCAUGAAUGUCAUAGACACUACCACAGCAUUGAAGUUUUUACCCACUAUGACCUAUUGACACAUAAUGGUACCAAGGUCGCAGAAGGGCACAAGGCCAGUUUCUGCUUGGAAGACACAAGCUGUGGCAAAGGAAUACAGAAACGCUAUGAGUGUGCAAAUUUUGGAGAACAAGGAAUAACCGUAGGGUGCUGGGAUACAUAUCGUCACGAUAUUGACUGCCAAUGGGUGGAUAUUACAGAUGUGAAGCCCGGAGACUACAUUUUCCAGGUGAUUAUAAACCCAAAGUAUGAAGUUGCGGAAUCAGAUUUUCGAAACAACAUGAUGAGAUGUCGAUGUAAAUAUGACGGUCAUCGGGUCUGGCUACAUAAUUGUCACACAAGCGAUGCAUACAGCGCAGAUUUAGAAGAAAACUUUGAGAAUCAGCAAAGACUCGCCAGUAAUAUUGUAUAGAUCAUUUCCUGGGAUGGAAAAGAUAAGACAAAAGCUACAAACCACACACAAAAAAAAAAGUUUUUGUAAUAAUUGUGUUAUCUCGGACAGUCCUGCCAUUUUUGGUCAUGGCCUUGCUAUUUGCCAAUAUUGGGUCCUUUAUUUACCAAGGUUCGGAAUCUGCCCCGUUGGAAA